AUGAGUAGUUUAGAAGGUUCUGGCGCUCUCUCAGGUGCGACCUGCAGGAUAUGCAGAGGGGAGGCGACGGACGAUAACCCGCUAUUCCACCCGUGCAAGUGUAAGGGGUCCAUCAAGUACCUUCAUGAGCCGUGUCUACUGGAGUGGAUCGAGGCGAGAAACAUAGACAUCAACGACCCACAUGGAGCGGCCAUAUACUGUGACAUAUGCCACCACCCGUUCCAGUUCAAAACGACGUAUGCGGAAACGAUGCCGGAGAAGAUCCCGCUACGGUUGCUCCUCACGAACACGUCGAAGUUGUACCUCAUCAAAUUGAAAAAUACAGUCCUUGUCACAUUCGCUUUGGGGUUGCUUGUGGGGGGAACUAUCCUCGCAUGGAACGUCUCUGGGAAACUGUACACUUUCGUGCUUGAUGGUAAACUGCCUUACAAGAAUGAGUUCUUCAAGAGUCUGUGGUUUGGGUACAGUGAGGACAUGACCACGAACAGGGACAAGCUUGCCUUUAAAUUCACCACAGCUGGGGUAUACCAGAACAUCCCAUUGCUCGUCACAGCGCUGCUCGAGAACAUCAAGUUUUCAGUCUCCCAGAUUGGUCUGUUACUUUUGCUCCAUCUCGCACUGUACUUCCAGUACGACAUGAUCGUACGUGAGGACGUGUUUGGGAAGAUGGUUUUCCAUAAGAUUGGGCCAAGUUACUCCCUUGAAGAUUACAAGAACAGACUGAGGGAGAGGUUCCCGGACGUGGACGACGAGAUGCUAGAACAGGUGGCCCGCAUCAUGAGAAACAAGGAAUUGUUGAAACAGGAGGACGGUGAUGACCUCGACGCGGAAGUUGACGUGGGGGACGUGGGAGACGUGGUGGCGGACCGGCAUGAAUUGGACGAGCUCGUUCACAACGGCGAGUUGGAUGCUAGUCUAGAAGACCGUGAGAAUGAGGAGGAGGAGGAGAAUUUGGGUCCUGACAGCGCCAACGAUGAGUCGGACCACAGCAGCAUACACUCGCAUGAUGACAGUUUCACUGGAUUGAGACUCCCGGAGGAACGCCCGCCAGAGUUCGCAGAAAACCCGUUCGAACACCCUCUACGCCCAGUACAGCCACCAAACCCAAUACACCACCACGAGCCAGAGGAACCCAGAAUUCAGCUGGCAGACGUCUUUGCCGGCGGUGCAGACAUACAGCAGCCACAGUUGCAACAGCAGGACCUUGAAGAUGAGGCCGCUAUGCAGAACGAACCGGACCAAGGCGGAGCACCCUUCGUCAUGCUGCUCAAGCUGAGAUUCAGCACCGUCCUGCUCUACUUCCUACUAGCAGUUGUUAUCAUCAACGCGUACGCAUUUGUGUCGUAUUUUGUCCCCACAGUCAUCGGAUACCAGCUCCUAAACUUGUACCUAGGUACGAUAAAAACCAUUGGACACGGUAUCUCCACUGCAUAUCGUCUAAGUGGGCUGAGAAAUCUUAACAAUAAUGUCGCGCAAAAGGUACCCAUACUGAGUGUGAUUGAGACCUGGAUCGAAACAAACGUCUUCCAGAACGCCCAGUACUACUACAAUUGCUACAGAGACGGGUCCUUGGACUACUUGACUGAGGUCAGACUGCUGCCAGGUCUUGUCACUUACAGCACUUUUGUCGCACUACUUUGCGUGGCGUCCGAAUUUAUUCGCCGUGGAUACAACCGCACGCACGGUAUGACAAACAAGAAGAGAAGACUCGUUUUUCAAAUUUUGUUCGCUAUCAGAUGCACUUUCAAAGUUUUCACCCUAUUUUUUAUAGAGCUAGCAGGGUUCCCUAUCCUUGCCGGGGUAAUGCUUGAUAUAUCGCUGAUUGCACCAAUUCUGGGCUCACCAACUACAUGGCUUUGGGUCACCCAAGUCUUCAAAUUCUGGAGCCCAAUGUCCUACAUCAUCUACUGGGCCAUAGGCACCUUGUACAUGUACUGGUUUGCCAAGUACAUCGGCAUGAUUAGACAGUACAUCAUAAGACCCGGUGUACUAUUUUUUAUUAGGUCCCCAGACGAUCCAAACAUAAAGAUCUUGCAUGAUAGUCUUAUCCACCCAAUGUCCAUCCAGUUGUCAAGACUCUGCCUCUCCAUGUUCAUCUACGCAGUCUUCAUCAUCGCAGGAUUCGGCAUCCAUACGAGACUCUUAUUCCCAUACGUUUUCAAGACAAGAAUUUUGGACGCACACCCACUCUUCAGUACAAUAGGGUUUGUCAAUGUCGGCACCAUGAUUCUGGGUUUCAUCAUUGCGAAGAACUUGAUCGAAGAAAAUCCAAACGUCAAGGCUUUGGUUAGGCACUACUGGAUGACCGUGAUGACUAUUAUCGCAAGGAAACUGCGUUUGUCAUCGUUCAUCUUGGGUAAGGACUACGCACUCGAAAGAGGGCAUGUCCUGUACAGGAACAGUUUCUAUCAUUUCUUUGCAACAAAGACGGCUCAAUGGUCGAACCCAGAUCUGUUCUCCAACCCAAAGACUGUUAUGCAGGCUAGGACAUUGUUCAAAGAAAAUAAAGAUAUACACGCGUACUUCGUGCCCGAUGGUACUUUGAUGCGUGUCCCAUCCUCUGACAUCGUCUCUCGCAACUACGUGCAAACCAUGUUCCUACCCGUGACAAAAGAUGAUAAACUUUUGAAACCGCUAGAUCUCAAGAGAAUCAAAGAAAGGAACAGACGCAACGCUGGUGAAUUCGCAUAUUUAGAUCACCAAAACACAGAUUUUGAUGAUUACUUCAUCUGUUACGUGCCUCCUCAUUUCAAACUAAGAUACAUGACUCUGAUCGGAUUAAUGUGGCUCUUCGCGUCUAUACUAAUCUUCUCUAUUGCUGUGCUUUCACAGUAUACGACCAACACUCUUUCUGCUGUCGUGCUACCUGUUCUUUGGAUGUCCGGAUUCCAUGAUAAGUUAACUGCGUUUAAAACAUUGAUUAGGGAAGGUUACCGGCAAUGCAACUUCCAGUACACUUCUUUCGGUGCGAUUAUACUGUCUCUCGCACUGGACUUUUACAAGGAACACGAUUUGUCCCGCUAUUUCUUCAGCGAGGUUGUCGUGGAAGAUGGUGACGCCAAUGGUGGCAACGAGGGCGACGAAGAGCAACCCGUUGUGGCUAAUGCGCCCAAUGUCAAUUUGAACCCUGCGGUCCCUCGUCAAAGAGCAUUUGAUCUGAUCUUUGAAAACUUUGUGAUGAAGUCUAUUGUUUUCUCACUUCUUAACUUUUUGGGAGGAUUUUUGGUGACCCUCACGGUCAGUGUUAUGAUUUAUUUCCUGAGGUACACAGCCGCAUACGCAACAAGAACCGCUCUAGAAUUCGCCCCAUCUUUGAAGAAGUACACAAUGUUGUCAGGUGGUGGGGUGGAAAUGUUUAAAACCCUAGUGUUCGUUCUAUCGAUCUUUUGGUUUGUGUUCCCGACAAUCAAAUCAUCUGGGCAACUCAUCCAAAUCAAUAAUCAGCGCUUUGCCGAUGUUAUAAAGAUGAUAUGGGGGCUGAACUUAGCAGCGCCUGUCAAAAACUUAUGCAAGGCUUUCCUGUUUAUUACUGUCGUUGUGGGUGGGCCCAUGGUCUACGAGUUUUAUUUCAGUUCAACGAAGUAUAGGUCGUUCCUGGACGCCAUGUAUUUUAUCAAACUAAGAACCCCAAUGGAGCAUUAUCAAGACAUGACUACGUCUAUGCAUUAUAGUUCGAUGAUAGUGUGUCUGGCAACCCUAUCAGUAGCGAUCUACCAUUUCGUGCACAUUAUGAGGUUUUGGUUCGGAAAGGCGGUUCAGGAUGUCAAAGACCAAGUUUACGCUAAGGGGAGAUCUUUGGAGAAUUAUGAAAAUGUAGAAACAUCGUAA